AUGGUGUCAUUGAAGCUGCAUAAGCGCCUGGCUGCAAGCCUCAAUUGUGGAAAGGGAAAAGUAUGGGUCGACCCCUGCGAGGCCCUUCUUAUCUCCCUGGCCAAUUCCCCUACGCAUGGAAGAAAGCUUGUAAAGGACAGUUUUUUUUUUUUUUUUAUCAAAAAGCCUAACGUAAGUCGCUCCGGAUGGAGAUACAGGAAAGGCAAUCACAGGAGAGAAGGAUAUGGCAAGAGAAAGGGAACAAGGGAAGCAAGGCUACCAUCCAAGCUUUUGUGGAUGAGAAGAUGUCGUGUCCUGGGGCGACUCCUUCGGAAGUACAGGGAAGUAAAGAAGAUCGAUAAGCACAUGUACCAUGAAAUGUAUGUGAAAGCCAAGGGAGGCGUUUUCAAGCACAAACGUGCACUUCUUGAGACCCUUCAUAAGGCUAAGAGUGAUGAUGAUCCCAAGUUCCAUUUUGACCAGAUUAUAGUUAUCAAAGCCAUGGGUAAAUUAGGUACCAAGGAGACUAGGGUUCCAUGGAGGAAACAAUAUUUGAGUCCACCAAUGGAAGUUAUGGAUGUGUUUAAUAAUGUUAGAUUAGUUUGAAAUGUAUGUACA